GUCCUUUGCACCAGCACAUCGAUAACUAAAGUCAGCGGUUAUCGCCCUCUAGUCGCCUGCGUUUCUCAAACACGCCGUCUUCACCUCCUAUGGUCCUGCUCUUCCGGCCUGCACAAGCUGUGCCCACGCCGCGUCCCAUGCCAUCCACGGGCCUCAUUCCUCAUUGCUCCGUCUCCAUGAUUCAAUAACACUGGCUUUUUCCGUUGCUGUGGUUUCGGAACGGAUAGGCCCUGAAAGGAAAGCCAUUAUAUCGAGGGCCGGUUCCGGAACAGACCGCGACUGAAGAUUGACCUGACGGCUCGAAUCGCAACGGCUGUUGCGAAGAAUUAACAAAAAUGCCGGCGCUGGCGACCACCAACUUCAACAUCAUCCUCAGCGUACUGGGGGGGUGGAUCUCGCUGUUCGGCUUGGUCUCGUACCUCUGCAAAGAGAGCUUCUAUCUUUCCGAGGCCCUCAUCUCCCUCCUCGCCGGCGUCAGCCUCUCCCCGCACGCUGCCAACUUCAUCCGCCCGCUCGAUUAUGCCCUGGGCUCCGUGGAGAACCUCAACGCGAUCACGCUCGCCUUCUCCCGCCUGGUGCUCGGCGUCCAGCUCGUGCUCGCCGGCGUCCAGCUUCCCAGCCGCUACCUCAAGAAGCAAUGGAAGCCGCUGGCCAUCCUGCUCGGGCCCAUCAUGGCCGCCAUGUGGAUCGCCACCAGCCUGCUCGUGUGGGGGCUCGUUCCAGGGCUCAACAUCCUGCACGCGCUCGCCAUCGGGUCGUGCGUCACGCCCACAGACCCCGUCCUGUCCGCCGUGAUCGUCAAGGGCAAGUUUGCCGACCACAACGUGCCCAAGGAGCUGCAGCAGAUCAUCAUCGCCGAGUCCGGGGCCAACGACGGGCUGGGCUAUCCCUUCUUGUUCCUCGCGCUGUAUCUGAUCAAGUACAUCGGGGACGGCGGCGUGGCGGAGUCGGGCGGCGCGCGGGUGGCCAUCGGGCUGUGGUUUGGCGAGACCUUGGGGUACACGAUCCUGCUGAGCGUCGUGUACGGCGCCGCGGUCGGCUGGCUCGCCAAGGAGCUGCUGCACUGGGCCGAGGAGCACAAGUUCGUCGACCGCGAGAGCUUCCUCGUCUUCGCCAUCUCGCUCGCGCUCUUCAUCGUCGGCACGUGCGGCAUGAUUGGCAGCGACGACGUGCUCGCCUGCUUCAUCGCGGGCAACGUCUUCACUUGGGACGACUGGUUCCGGCUCGAGACGCUCGACGACUCGCUGCAGCCGACCAUCGACAUGCUGCUGAACGUGUCCGUCUUCAUGUGGUACGGCGCCGUCUGUCCGUGGGAGUCGUUCAAUGACAACGGUGUCGUGCCGCUCCGGCGGCUCGUUCCGCUCGGCAUCUUGGUGCUGCUGCUGCGGCGGCUGCCGUGGGUGUUGAUGGUUCACCGGUUCAUCCCGCAGAUCGAGGAGGUUCGGCAGGCCGUGUUUGUGGGCUUCUUCGGUCCCGUGGGCGUGUCGGCCAUCUUCUACCUCUACAUCACGCUUGAGUUCUUGCAGACUCUCGACGUAGAUGGCCGACCUCGGGCAGACGUCGCAAAGCUGCCCGAGGCGGUCACUGUCGUGGUGUGGUUCAUUGCUGUUUGCAGCAUUGUCGUCCACGGGUUGAGUAUCCCGUUGGGGAAGUUGGGUUUCUACCUACCCCGGACCAUCUCGCGCGGUGUAAUGUCGUCCUCUAGCGAGGGCCCCAGCGUCGUGGCCCCUUUCACGCUCGGUAGCAGAGUGAGCUCGUUUGCCAUCCGUCGCCGAUCCGGAGCAGACUCGGGGAACGAGCAGAGCGCCUCCUCGUCGUCGCGCCCCGUCUAUAGGAUUGGCGGCACCAUCAUCCCCAAGAGACAGGAGGACUCCACCGGCAAGCUGCCUGACCUGCGCGAAGGGGUGCAAACCAGCAACAACUCGUCAACCAGCGCUGUGGCGAUCGGCCAAGCGUCGACCAGCGCUGUGGCGAUCGGCCAAAGCUCGCCGAGCGGCGUUGGGCCAUCUGCUGAGGGCGCUGCGCCGUACUCGGGCCGGACUAUACGUUUCCCCGACGAGGCGCCUCUUUCCGGAGCCGCUGCGGCGGGUGCUGCGGUUCCUUCGGAGCCAUGACGAUGGUGGUGCUCGAUGAACCCGAGCCCCGACAGCGAGUGCAAGCUCACCAACGGGCUGUAUACACCUGGUAGCAGCGGCAAAUUCCAAGGUUUUGCUCAGGGGACUGGGUUCGGUGAACACUGUGACUAACAGAUAGCGUACGAACCUCGCCAAUUGUUACCUUUCACUUGAUCGCUUUUUCAUAUGGCGAGCGGUGCACUACCAUCAGCAUCAACGUUGCUCUACUUUGAACCUUCACUUUGCUGACCGCGGGACCGAUCCUCUGCUCACAUGAGGGAGAUCAGUUUUGUGGAAGUCUAGCCAACUCCUGUGUACGUGUCAGUCUCGGGGAAAUGAGAUGAACCGUCCUGCACGGUACCUGAACUGGUACCUGAAUUGAUGAGACGGUGUGGAUCCACAAGUGCAUCAAUCACUCCCUCUGAAAGUGGUCCACGGUAGUUGCCUAUUUGCCUUAACUGCUAGGGCAAUACCAGAUAGUUACGGAUAUCGUGCCUCCGUAAUUGCGGUCGCCACUCCUCUAUAUAAGGAAACAAGAAAUAGGUAGCAACAUGCCAUGCUCAGGGACGGAGAUCCGUGCUGGUGACGAGGCGUGCAACGCCGGCUCGUUUCUCUUUGUCCUCUGUUGUCGUUCAACAGACGGUGUGGAAGCCC